ACGUUUGUUUUUCGUAGAAAUAUCAAGCGACAAAUACUCCGAAACAAAAUGAACAAGCUCUGAGAAAUUUUGAUUUAACCGAUUAUCGCACAAUUUUUGCCGAUCUUGUUGUUCAUUUAUACGAUGAAAUACUAAAACGAGUUAAAGCGAAAUUGCUACCGAUGAUCAUUCCUGCCAUUAUUGAACAUGAAGAUCUUGACUCAGGUGGCAUCGCAUCUAUAAAUCCAAGUUUACCUGGAAAUAAUUCCACUGAGAAAAGAUCGAAAUUCUCUGCCCAAGAUCUUCUUAAACAAUUAAAUGACUAUCACAAACUAUGUCAAAUGUAUUCCGUUGAGCCAGUUAUCAUUCAACAAUUAUUCCGACAAAUUUUCUAUCUGAUCGAUGCUCAAGCUCUUCGUGGUUUGCUUGUUCGAAGUGAUUGUUGUAAUUGGAGUAAAGCUUUGCAAAUUCGGUA